AUGAGGCAGAGGGAUGAUGACCAGGGAGGGGAGGCUUCCUCUGAGGAGCACCAGAGCCGGGCCAAAGCUGAGAGGAGCAGCCAGUCCAAAGAGUCCCCUCUUCAGUUUGGGGGACAGAGCCCCUCCUCUGAUGAACCGCUGAGCUUCUGCAACCUGUCGGAGAGAGGCGUGGACGCCCUGGCCUCGCUCCUCAGCUCCGACUCGUCCGGCCUGAGAGAGCUGGACCUGAGUAACCACAGCCUGCCGGACACAGGCCUGACGCGGCUCUCCGCCGGGCUGUCCAGUCCAGACUGCAAGCUGGAGACUCUCAGGUUGAGCGGCUGUUCCCUCUCAGACCGGAGCCUCGCUGACCUGGGCCUGCCGUCCGGCCGCCUCAGAGAGCUGGACCUGAGCAGCAACCGGCUGCUGGACACAGGCGUCCAGCUGCUAACAGCUGGAAUGCAGAGGACACCGUCCAGCCUGGACAGUCUCAGGCUGAGCGAGUGCCAGCUCUCCGAGGGGAGCUGUGAGGCCCUGUCCGGCCUCCUGAGCUCCGGGUCCUCCAGUCUGAGCCGGCUGGACCUGAGCAAUAACAACCUGCGGGAUUCGGGGGUCCGGCGGCUGUCGGUGGGGAUAGGAAGUCCUCGCUGUAGGCUGGAGACUCUCAGGGGGGAAGUGACCCCCGGCCAUCCCUCAGUAACCAAAAGCUCUGCUGGUGACUUUCUUUGUAGGCUCAAACCUGGGGGAGUCCAGUGGUCCAGACCAGAUCUGAGGAAAUAUUCCUGUGAACUGCGCGUGGACGCCAACACGGUCAACCCUCACGUGAAGCUGUCCGAGGGCGGCCGGAGGCUGGCCUUCUCAGAGGAGGGGCAGGACUACCCCCCCCACGCCGACCGCUUCGAAAAGGACCACCAGCUGCUGUGCGCCGGCCCCCUGACCGGCCGCCGCUACUGGGAGGUGGAGGUGGCCGGGGGCGUCCACGUGUCGGUCAGCUGCCGAGGCACCGGCCGGAGCGGGGGGGGGGGCAACAACAACGGCUGGUUCGGAGGGAGCGGCCGGUCCUGGAGCCUCUACUCCUGCCCGGGCGGGUUCUCGGCGUGGCACAACAAGAAAGGGGUGUCCAUCCCCUGGGCCUCCUCCCCCUCGGGCUCCCCCCGCAGAGUGGGGGUGUACGUGGACCGCGAGGCUGAACGGGUGUCCUUCUACAGGGUGUCGUCCGGCGCCCUGACCCACCUCCACACCUUCAGGACCACCUCGGCCGAGCCCCUCUACGCCGGGUUCGGCCUCUGGACCUGGUCAGACUUACCCCGCGGGUCCUCCGUGACUCUGUGUUCUGUGUAGGUUCAGUUUAGUUUAGUUUUAUC